AUGGCGUAUUCGCAGAUUGAAAACGAAUACAACAAUGUUCAACUAUCAUACAGAGAAGAUGGUGAAAAAUAUAUAAAAUGGGCAGGGGAUAUGGCCGUUGGCCUCUACAACGGUGUUCCAUGGAUCAUGUGCAAGCAGAAGAAUGCUCCCGACACAGUAAUUAGUACAUGUAAUGGAAGGCAUUGUGCAGACACAUUUACUGGUCCAAAUGGCCCUAACAAGCCAUCUUUAUGGACUGAGAAUUGGACUGCUCAGUAUAGAGUAUUUGGUGAUCCUCCGUCGCAACGGUCAGCAGAAGAUCUAGCAUAUGCUGUGGCAAAAUUCUUUGCCAAAAAUGGCACCCUCAACAACUAUUACAUGUACCAUGGUGGAACCAAUUUUGGUCGAACAAGUUCAUCGUUCGUGACAACACGUUACUAUGAUGAAGCCCCCCUUGAUGAAUAUGGUUUGAAGAGGGAACCUAAAUUUGGUCACCUACGAGACUUGCAUAGGGCUUUGAAAUUGAGCAAGAAACCUUUGUUGUGGGGCCAUCCAAAGCUUCAACGUGUGUCUCAAAAUGUAGAGAUCACAACUUAUGAGAAAAAUGGGGGUAAAAUAUGUGCUGCAUUCUUGACAAACAACAAUAGUAGGGUAGCUGAGACAGUCGAAUUCCGAGGUGAAGAAUACUACCUCCCACCUAAGUCCGUCAGCAUUCUGCCCGAUUGCAAGACAGUCGUCUUCAACUCUCAGGCGGUUGUUGCACAACAUAGCUCUAGAAACUUCGUGGUGUCGAACACAGCCAAGUUGAGAGGGUGGGAGAUGUGGCGAGAGAGCGUCCCAACACAUGACAAAUUGGAAGUGAAAAGCGUCUCACCAACAGAAUUGUAUUCUUUUACAAAAGAUACCUCAGACUAUGCAUGGUACAGCACAAGCAUUUACAUAGACGGAAAGGACUUGCCGAUGCGCCACGAUGAUCUUUCAGUGCUUGAGGUUGCAAGCCUUGGCCAUGCGUUGCUUGCCUUUGUCAAUGGCCAAUAUGUUGGUUUUGGGCACGGUAGUCAUGUUGAAAAGAGCCAUGUAUUAAAGUCUCCGGUGACAUUUAAGGCUGGAAUCAACAACAUAUCUUUGCUAGCCAUGACAGUUGGACUCCCGAAUAGUGGAGCUUAUAUGGAAAAGAGAUUUGCUGGACCUAAAGCUAUCCUCAUUCAGGGCUUGAUGUCUGGAACUCUUGACAUAUCUAGAAAUGAAUGGGCCCAACAGGUUGGAGUGAAUGGGGAGAAGAUGGAAUUAUUCAAUGAGAAAGGAUCAAAGAAAGUGAAAUGGGCUCCCUUAGAUGGAAAUCUAGGCCCUCUCACUUGGAACAAGGCAUAUUUUGAUGCUCCGGAAGGAAAAGAGCCGGUGGCAUUAAGAAUGACAAGCAUGCAAAAGGGAGUGAUUUGGGUGAAUGGCAUAAACCUUGGCCGUUAUUGGGUAUCUUAUCUCUCAGCAACAAAAAAGCCUACUCAAGAAGAAUAUCACGUACCGAGAGCAUACUUAAAGGAGAAGGACAAUCUAUUGGUCGUGAUGGAAGAAACCGGAGGUGAUCCCCAGAAGAUUGAGGUGUUGACGGUCAACAGAAACACGAUUUGUAGCGUGAUAACCGAGUACCACCCACCGACUGUCAAGUCAUGGGAAAGGAGAGACAACAAGAUUCGCGAAAUCUUCGACCCCGUGAGGGCUGCACAUCUCACUUGUCCCGAUAACAAGGUCAUCGGAAAAGUUGAGUUCGUGAGCUUCGGAGAAAACGAGGGCGCUUGUGGGGCCUUCACUCCGGGCCAAUGCGACUCCGCUAAGGCCCACAAAGUUGUUGAAGAGCUAUGUUUGGGGAAGAGAGGUUGCAUAAUUCCAUUUGAGAGAGAAUCGCUCAUUGAUCAUGGCAAAGAUUCAUGCCCUAAUGUGGCGAAAACGUUGGCCGUGCAAGUGGCUUGUACCUAAAUAAUUAACCUAACUUUCAUCUUUGUAUUAGUUUUGUACAUACCAAGCUAUUUUCUAGAGCCCAUUCGUCAUGAUUCAAUCUGCUAUAUGCAAUCAUCACCCAAUUUAUUGAACAUAUACUGUUUCAAUAUUAUGAUAUUAUCAUACCUCGUGUA